AUGAGAUCUUGUGCGCUCAUUGCAGCAACCCUAGGUUGUGCGCAAGCAUUCGUUUUACCACAAACAUUUUUGGACGCUUUCCAGCUUCCCUCGACGCCUGAGAUUGACCGUGAAUCUUUCUGGCCUCAUAAACCUUAUUUCCUCAAACACCAAGUUGACCCUCAAAGUUUUCCUGAUGACAUUGAGCUCUCUGAAUUGAACUCGACCGCUUGGGACUUGUACCAGAUUGCUGGCACGUCCAACAAAUCCUAUGGGAACCCAACUCGUGUCAUUGGUUCAGCAGGCCACUGGAACACCAUCAACUACAUUCUGCGCCAGUUUGACGAUAUGAGAGAUUAUUACGAGGUUUCAACGCAAACUCUCAAGGCUCUCAAUGGCAAGGUGUUGCACUAUGAUUUGAAUUACACCACCGGUGGCAAAGUGCCCACUUCUCAGGCCUUUAGCUUGUCUCCCCCUGUGAAACCCUUUAUUGGGAAAUUGGUCGAAAUUCCAAACUUGGGAUGUUCUGACGCGGAUUUUGAAGCUUUGGACAUCAGCAAGGGAUCCAUCGCCCUUAUCGAAAGGGGCGAAUGUCCUUUUGGCAAAAAAAGUGAUCUUGCCGGCAAGCAUGGUUUCAAAGCUGCUGUUAUCUACGAUAACGACCCUAAAUCCACCAAGGGUGUGAGUGGCUCAUUAGAAAAGCCAACCAAGCACACAGUGUCCACGAUCGGUGUCUCUUUUGCCGUGGGACAGGAGCUCAUCUUGGGUAUCACUCUUGACCCAGAGUUUUCGCUAUAUUUUGGCAUGGACUCGUUUGUCAAAGAGAUUAAAACUAAAAACAUUAUCGUGGACACCAAGCACGGUGACCCGGAAAACAUUGUUGCCCUUGGUGCCCACAGUGAUUCUGUUGCUGCCGGACCAGGUAUCAACGAUGAUGGUUCUGGAACCAUUUCCCUUCUUACCGUGGCUAAACACUUGUCAAACUACAAAAUCAACAACAAAGUUCGCUUUGCUUUCUGGUCUGCCGAAGAAGAGGGAUUAGUUGGGUCCAACUACUAUGUGAAGCAUUUGUCUGAAGAGGAAAACUUGAAAAUUAGACUGUUUAUGGAUUACGACAUGAUGGCAUCACCUAAUUUCCAGUACCAAAUUUACAAUGCGAGCAAUUCUGUGAACCCAAGAGGGUCCGAAGAACUCAAAAACUUGUACAUCGACUAUUACACCGAGCAUGGCCAUAACUACACUCUAAUUCCAUUCGAUGGAAGAUCGGACUACGUUGGCUUUAUCGAGAAUGGGAUUCCGGGCGGUGGUAUCGCUGCUGGUGCCGAGGGUAUCAACACCGACAACGGCAAAGUGUUGGACAAGUGCUACCACGAGCUUUGUGACGAUGUAAGCAACUUGAACUGGGACGCGUUCUUAACCAACACCCAGCUUAUCGCCUACUCUGUGGCCCACUUUGCCGAUUCGUUAAAAGACUUCCCAGAGAGAGAAACUAAUGCGACCCAGAUUUUCACAAGUGCAGAAGGCCAGCCUAAGUAUGCUUACAAGGGCGGUGCGCUAAUUGCUUAA